AUGGCCUCAACAGCAAGGGCGAUAGUCCCAGCGGCUGAUCUUCAGACUUUCACGGAGUACUUAGGAGGAUGUAAGCGCAUCCUGGCUUUGCUCGGUGCGGGCAUCUCUGCAUCGUCUGGCCUGCCGACCUUUCGGGGCGCCGGUGGGAUGUGGCGCUCGUACGAUGCAACCUCUCUCGCAACGCCAGAGGCCUUUGAAGAGAAUCCUGGCCUGGUUUGGCAGUUCUACAGCUACCGCCGGCACAUGGCUCUCCAGGCUGAGCCGAACAGGGCGCAUUACGCCCUAGCGGAACUGGCACGACGAAACGAAGAGUUUGUCACAUUGAGCCAGAAUGUUGACGGCCUUUCUCAGCGUGCAAAUCAUCCAUCAAAGCAAUUGCAUCUCCUUCACGGAUCCCUGUUUGAUGUCAAAUGCUCGGACUUCUUCUGUGACUACGUCCGCCCAAAUGACUUCACAGACCCUAUUGUCCCUGCUCUGGACAUUCCAAAGAAGCUGUCCGGUCUUAACCCAUCCUCCAGCGAUAAAACAGGCGAGGAAGCGAGCAAGGCUAUGAAACAAGCUCUCGUAGCCGAUACCGAGGUUGAUAUCUCGGAUUCCAGAAAUCCCAUCCCCCACAUCAAGGAAGAAGACUUGCCACGAUGCCCGAAGUGCAAGAAAGGCCUUCUCAGACCCGGAGUUGUGUGGUUCGGGGAAGCGCUGCCCGAGAAAACGAUCGAUGAUGUCGAUAAAUGGAUCGCGAAGGCCCCAGUCGAUCUGUGUUUAGUGAUCGGCACUAGUUCAAAGGUUUAUCCAGCUGCUGGAUACGUUGAUGAGGCUCGCAAGCAGGGCGCCCGGGUUGCGGUAUGCAAUAUGGACCCCAAUGAUGUUCCCAGCAGAUCCCACAAAGCAGACUGGUUCUUCACUGGAGAUGCUGGAGUUAUUGUUCCGGAGAUACUCAAGAGUGUCAUCGGGGAGAUUUAA